AUGGCUCCCGCGCAACCUGAGCUCAAGAAGUAUCUCGAGAAGAGACUCUUUGUGCAACUGAACGGCAGUCGCAAGGUCAUCGGAGUUUUGCGCGGCUACGAUGUCUUCUUGAACAUUGUCCUGGACGAGGCGGUCGAAGAGAAGGAGGGCGGAGACAAGGUCAAGCUCGGCAUGGUCGUCAUCCGAGGAAACUCAGUCGUCAUGAUGGAAGCGCUAGACAGAAUCGGCGGCGACGACCGACAACAUCACCACCGAUAA